CUCCGCUGAGCGCAUAUACUCGGACAACCACGUUCGGCUGUGGAUGCAAAUCGCAUCCAUUAGCACGCGCAGUCCAAGGGGUGGAGCUUUUGAGCAUCGCUAGGAAGACAACGCCGACCUCAGUCUGGAAUUGAGAAAAGGAUUUUCCGAGCCGGGUGGUCGGGUGCACAGGAACAAGAGGAAGGAAAAAUCUGGGCAGUUUGUCAACGAAGAGGCUGGGUACCACACGGCGCGUGUCAAUUGGAUAUGGAGGCUUUUCUUUACAACUGAGCAGGGCUAAAAUGGUCAUUUGUCCUAUCUUGGCAUAUAGGCUAUCUGACCUACGGUAAAACAUCCCCAGUUGUUUUUUUAUAUCUUAAUUUUCUAUAGAUAUAUUUCACAAUUCAGUUAGCUCUUUGCUGUUAAUCUUGAUUUACUGGGGCCAACGAUGCUGCCGUGUCCUUCUUCACCGACGGUGGUGGAGGAAGGCAAAGAAAAUGAAGGCGAACCUCAGAAAGUAAAAACUGAGUGCAUGAGGCUGGCCGAGGAGAGAGAUGAGGCCGAGAGACAGCUGAAACACAUCAAAAGGGUAUCCCAAAUGGUGAUUGAAGAGGUGAGCGUUCUGCAGACCCAGCUGGAGAUAGAGAAGUCCUGCAGAGAGAAUGCAGAAGCUCUGGCAACAAAGCUGAACUGUGAGAACAGGAAGCUGAAGUACCUGAGUCUGUCUUCUCGACCCUGUCUGGAUGAGCUGCUUCCGAGUAUCUCCGACUGCAUUGCCCUGGAGGAAGAGACAGAGCCACAGGAACCCAGUCCAGACCCCUACACCCAGUACCAGCAGCAGGUCAAAGACCUGCAGGAGACGGUGAACUCCCUGCUGGAGGAGAAGAAGCAGUUCGCCUGCCAGCUGCAGGACCAGCGGAGACAGAUCGAGGAGCUGAGCGCGCGCAGUGAAAAGGAACAGGCAGAGAUGAAGGAGCUUUACAAAACCAUUGAUCAGCAAAGCAAGACCAUCAAGAGAUUCAACAGAGUGUCGGUGAUGGCGGCCCACGAGUACGAGGGACUGAGGGAGCAGCUGGACCUGGAGCAGAGCCUGAGGCAGAAAGCUGAGACCUACGCGCACGAGAUGCUGGUGAAACAGAAGGAGGCGAACCGGCAGAGCAUGAUCCUGCUGCAGAACGCCGACCCCAGCGUGCAGCUGCUCAAGGCCCUGGAGGACGUGGCCAACAUCACCAAGACCUUGGAGCAGGAGCGACUGCAGCACCAGCAGAAGGUGCAGAGCCUGGAGGCAGAGCUGGCGGAGUGCGCCCUCCGGAGGCAGCUGGAGGAGGUGCGCAAGCAGCUGGAGCUCCUGGAGGAGGAGAAGCGUGAGGUGGAGGGCCGGCUGCAGGAGGCUGAGGGGAAUAACAGCAGCCUGGAGGGGCGAGUACAAGAGCUGCUGGCGGCGCAGAAGAGCACAGACGAGUCAGCAGGCCCAGCUCCUGGGACCGCCCCUCCCCCUGCUCCGCCGCCCCAGCCUCCUCCCCCGCCCCCUCCCCCUCCUCCCCCUCCCCCUCCUCCUCCCCCCUCACGCUGCAACCCCCUCAGUUCCCUCAUUGCAAUAAUGAGAAAAACCUCCAAAGGCACUAAGGGGCCUCUAAAGGCUGAGCAGGCCCCUGAUGGUGGAGGUGUGGAUGAUGUGAAAGUGAAGGCCGUUAAUGAGAUGAUGGAGAGGAUCAAGCAUGGGGUGGUCCUGAGGCCCGUCAAGGGCCAAGACACCAAGAGAUUUGGCAUAAAGCACCCUCCAGUGGUUGAAGAGAAACCUCUUCAGAAACCUCAGGAGAGCGCAAUGGAGGAACUGAAGGGCAUUCUGGAGACGGUGAAGAAGAGUCCCAGUCGGGGGUUCCCUGAGGCACUGCCAGGGAAGAAGGACAGUGAACUGGAAGUGAUUCUGAGGAGGCGGCGUAAACAGGCCUGUGACCCCGGUUCAGGAGAUGAGAGGGAUGGUCAGAUCAGUAAGUUUUCUUCAUCGGAGAGCCUGAAUGCCCGGAACAGCUUCGACUCUGGCAAGGAGCCGGGCGGCUCCAGACACAGCUCCGACUCGGGCAAAGAGCCAGACGGGCCCAGAAGCUUCGGAAGCCCCGGCAGGGACCCGGCCGUGCUCAGGCGCGGUUCAGACUCUGGAAGAGAGCCGGUCGUCGUGAUGAGGCGCAACUCUGACAGAGAGCCCAGGGGGUCCUGGCAGGGGGGCAGCGCUCGCAGUUCCGUGUCCGAGAAAGGGGCCUGUGAGGUGGUCAUCAACGGCUGCUGCGAUGGCGAGGAGGAGAAGCAGAAAUCAGCGAAGUGCACACGCUCAAAUGGAAUCAACCACACCGUGCUGCAGCAAGACAAGCACACCACCCUCACAACAGGGUCGCCAACAGGCCCCAACCCCCUGAAUGGCAGCAAUGACGCGGAGUGUUAACGGCAGUCCUGGGAGUAGUCACAAGGGGGCAGCAGAGAUGCGCAGUGCAGGAUAGGGCGGAAACGGCUGCACAAUUUGCACAGUAUCUUAAUUUGUUUUGUAAUUUUAGACACCUGACUUGAACAAGUUUUGUUUUGUUUUCUUUCUAGGUUUGAAUGCUCAGACCAUCUACUGGUGUGGGUUUCUGUCUGAUUAAGUGCAUCAUUGGCUUGUUUUAAUACAAUAUGAUAGUUUUGUGUUUCUCUCUUUAGUGAAAGGACUUUAGAAAAUAUGAACAGCUCAUUCUUUACAAAUAUACUUAUUCGCACUAUGUAUGCAACAGUUCCUGAAAAUUUGAUUAUUAUUAUUAUUAUUAUUAUUAUUAUUAUUAUAUGAAACACUCAAAUAUUUGAAAUGGCCUUGAGUUCUGAUUUUAUACUAUAUAAUGUAUUAAUGCCUUCAUGAUGAUCCUGAAAUUUCUCAAAAAUGUAAUUGCUUUUUCUCCAAACUUACCAAAAAACAACAAUAAUCAUUAACUGAAAAGCUAUAAAUAAUAGCAAACAAAUCACACUUUAAGCAGGUCAAAAGUUGGACUCUUAUUAAAUCAAGUGUUAAGUAUUGCGCAUUCAAGCACUAUUUGCAUUUAAGGUGGAAGACUCCAGUAUUUCAGUUAAGUGAACAUGCCGGUGUGUUGUGCUUGUUGUGUCAAC